AUGGUAAGGAAUACCGCAUUUUCUCGAUUAAUUUCCCUGGGGAAUUAUUUUUUCAACCCUUCCUUGGCAUUGGGAAUUAAUCGAGUGAGGGGAAUUAUUCGAGUUUUGGUAUUUGAACGAGCAGUAGGAUAUUUGGGAAAGAUUAUUCAACUCAUCUUUAUAUUAACUAUUUCUUUUGCGUGUAUUAAUCUUGUUAAAGGCGCAUGUUGUAAUAAAAUGAAAAAUGGAGGAGUGAAGUGCAUUGACUGUCCUAAAGGAUACACUUGCAUGAGGGGUUGGAGUGGUAAUUAUUGCGGUAUUCUCCAUGAUGAAUUGAGGCGAAGAGGAUUGCCUAGAAAUUAA